GUCGCCACUGCGUCGUUACGCAGCUCAGGCUUUUCUCCCUCUGCGCCUGUAGUCGAGCCGUCACAUUCUUUGGGUUUCCGUUGCCCCGGACACACCUCGGCCAGCAAAGCAAUGUCUGACUUCUCGGAAGAUCAAAUCCUCGAAUUUAAGGAGUCCUUCCUGCUGUUCGACAGGACAGGAGAUGGGAAGAUAAGCUACAGUCAGUGUGGGGACGUGAUGCGGGCCCUGGGACAGAACCCUGUCAACGCUGAGGUGCUGAAAGUGCUGGGCAACCCCAAGUCUGAGGAAAUGAACACCAAGAUGCUCGACUUUGAGCAGUUCCUGCCCAUGUUCCAGGCCAUCGCCAAAAACAAAGAUCAGGGGUCCAUGGAGGAUUUUGUGGAAGGACUCCGUGUCUUUGACAAGGAGGGCAACGGCACAGUAAUGGGAGCAGAACUACGCCAUGUGCUCACCACGUUAGGUGAGAAAAUGUCAGAAGAGGAAGUGGAGACACUCUUGGCUGGACACGAAGAUGCAAACGGGUGCAUCAAUUAUGAAGGUGAGAACAAAAUAGUUGUUAGUUAAAAACUACCUAUAAUAAGUCUGAGGAAUAAUCUUU